UAUCCCCCGCCGCCCGCCUCGCCAUCUCCCGCGCGGCCCCGCCCUGUCCGCCGCCGCCCUCCGCCUUCUCCUCUCUAUCUCUCUCUCUCUCUCUCUUUCUGCCCCCCUCCCUCCCCGGAGACAUCGCGAUGAUAUCAGGCGGGUGCUUGGGAGGGACGACCCUCCACAGCCUAACACUGGCCCCUUCCCGCUGCCGUUCUGCUUUCCUCCUCUCUCCCCUCAAAACCCUAACACAAACCCUAGCCACCAAUCCCCAUCGCCACCACCCGAUGCUCCCCCUGCCUUCAAUUCUUAGGGCCUUCUCAUCUCCGGCCCUUCCCACCGCCUCCCUCGCCACCCUAGAAGGCCAAGUUGCUGCAAAGCCCCAGUGGAGAGCAGCGAUUGAUUUCAAGUGGAUCCGAGACAACAAGGAUGUGGUUGCUGCCAAUGUCAAGAACAGGAACUCCAGUGCGGAUUUGGAGCUCGUGCUUGAGCUCUAUGAGAAGUUCUUGAGCCUGCAGAAGGAAGUUGAACGGCUCCGAGCUGAAAGGAAUAUAGUUGCUAAUAAAAUGAAAGGGAAACUAGAGCCAUCAGUGCGUCAAGCUCUUGUUGAAGAAGGAAAGAGUUUGAAAGAAGGACUUGUUGCCCUUGAAGAAGAUCUUGUUCAUCUAACAGAUAAGCUUCAACAGGAAGCACAGUGUAUACCAAACACUACUCAUCCAGAUGCUCCUAUAGGGAGCGAGGAGAAUUCUAUACUGCGAAGGAUGGUAGGCAGUCCAAGGGACUUCGGUUUUGCUGUGAAAGAUCAUCUUCAACUGGGGAAAGAACUUGAUUUGUUUGAUUUUGAUGCAGCAGCUGAGGUCAGUGGUUCAAAGUUCUACUACCUAAAGAAUGAGGCUGUUUUGCUAGAAAUGGGCCUUAUUAAUUGGGCACUUGCAGAAGUUUCAAAACGGGGUUUUACACCUCUUAUUACUCCAGAAAUUGUCAGGUCAUCUGUUGUUGAGAAGUGUGGGUUUCAACCCCGGGGCCAAAACACUCAGGUUUAUUCUAUUGAAGGCAGUGAUCAGUGCCUCAUUGGAACUGCGGAGAUUCCUGUUGGAGGCAUCCACAUGGAUUCAAUUCUUCCUGAAUCUUCAUUACCUUUGAAAUAUGUAGCAUAUUCUCACUGUUUUCGUACUGAAGCCGGUGCUGCAGGAACUGCAACAAGGGGCCUUUAUCGAGUCCACCAGUUCAGCAAGGUUGAGAUGUUCGUCUUCUGUCGGCCAGAAGACAGUGAUCGGUACCAUGAGGAACUCAUUGGAAUCGAAGAAGAUCUAUUUGCAUCUCUUGGUCUUCAUUUCAAGACUUUGGAUAUGGCAACAGGUGAUUUGGGUGCACCCGCAUAUCGCAAGUUUGAUGUGGAGGCAUGGAUGCCAGGACUAGAUCGGUAUGGCGAGAUAUCAAGUGCAUCGAACUGCACAGAUUAUCAGAGCCGGAGGCUGGGCAUCCGUUACCGCCCAUCUCCAUCAGAUCCAUCACAAGCAAGUUCAAAGAAAGGCAAGGGCAGCACACCCACACAGUUUGUGCACACGCUUAAUGCCACUGCAUGUGCUGUCCCACGCAUGAUCGUAUGUUUGUUGGAAAACUUCCAGCAAGAGGAUGGCUCUGUAUUGAUUCCAGAGCCUCUGAGGCCUUUCAUGGGUGGACUUCAUGUUAUUCGCCCAAAAUCCAAGUAAAAGUUAAUGAAAGUGAUGAAUACAUCUUCAUUUUUUUCCCCUUGAAUUAUUAGAGAAUUUUUUUUCGUUGAUUCAUGUUAAUUUUUUAGAAUAUACUGAUAUUCAAAGACUUGUAACAUGUCACUCCUUCAACUAAAACUUGCGAAUGGGAUGUUAUUUAUUAAAUUUCUUUUUC